UAGAAAUUAAAUACCAUCGACGUAGACGCGCCGCUGGUGCGCUGGGAACCGUCGAGAGCAAGUCUUGCCGUGGUCGGUUUCACGAGAACCCAAACAACAACCAUCAUCAAACAUCAAACGGUUCGCGUCUUCAACAACGUCAACUGCUUCGCGGUUGUCUUCAGGAAUGCAUCACUGUGACGCUUCAAGUUUUCAUUUCUGAUGUGAGAGUAAUUUGUAUAAUUAACAUCGUUGGACUUGGUUUUUAAACAAUUGGUGACAACUGCCGGUUGUUAGUUUCGAAGCUUCGUCCUGAAAAACCGUUGGAGAAGAUAGAUACACGAAAAGGGAGAUGCGUCUCGAAGUCCCCAUCUACUUGGCUCUGGUAGCUGUGACAGUUGUUUCUGCUCAAAUUAACUACCAGAACCCCCAGUUUGGCAACCGAGGGGAAGAAGAAUGUUGUCAAGAAUAUUGCUAUUUCACCGAUGUGGAACCCUACAUACAGUUUGCUACCAAAACUGCAUAUGAGUCGCUGAACAGAAAAUCUACUGGUGCUCAACACAUCGUUCCAGACUGUACGCCUAUGCAGUUUUGGAGUCUGAACAGGCAUGGUACAAGACUUCCAAAAGCCACCAGAAUCAGAGAGCUGAGAAAUUUGGAGAAAAUUCAAUCAGAGAUUGUAGCAAACUAUGAGCAGAGAAGUUCAUACCCCAACAGAGGAAGAUUCUGUAUCGAAGAUUACAAUAUAUUGAAAAGGUGGCGAUGGAACGAUACUAUUACAGAAGACAAGGGCUUUUCACUUACUCAACAAGGCAUCGAAGAACUAAAGAUUUUAGCUAGAAGAUACAAGUCAAAAUUCUCGCAGCUGUUGUCUGGUGGAUAUGAUGAAAGAUCAUUCUUUUUCCAGUACACGAGUGCAGAUAGAACCCAUGACAGUUACCAAGCUUACAUCGAAGGUCUGUUUGGCAGCGAUGCUUUCAGGGUCCAUGCCAACACCCAAAUUGACAACAGGCUGAUGAAACCUUACGAAGACUGCGAAGCCUGGCAGAAGAAUGAGGCUGACAACCAGUUCACCAGGACAGAAUAUGAACGGUUCAAAGAGAGUCCUGAAUACCAACAGAUGGUCAGAGAUGUGUUCAGAAGACUCGGGUUCAAAUACACGUUGAAUGCUUCUAUCGUCGAGGAUAUCUAUGACAUGUGUCGAUAUGAGAAGGCUUGGUACUUGAAUCGCCACUCUCCGUGGUGUGUAGCAUUCAACAAGGACCAGCUGAAGCUUUUGGAGUAUGCUGAAGAUCUGAAAUACUAUUAUGAAAGUGGUUAUGGAAACAGAAUCAGCGAGAGAAUCGGCUGUGGACCUGUUAAGGAUUUCUAUGACCGAUUCGAAAGAACUGUUAAUGGAAAUAGUGAUGGUGUUAGAGCUACGUUCUUCUUUGCCAACUCUGAUACCAUACAAACGGUGCUGACAGCUCUUGGUGUCGCCAAAGACUACAACCCUCCAAAGGCUGACAAUUACCAUACACAAACUUCGAGAAACUGGAAGACUUCGCUCAUCGACCCGUUUGCAGCGAAUUUGGUAUCCGUUUUGUACCAGUGUAGAGGCCCAGAGAAAUUCAAGGUGAUGUUUUUCUUGAACGAAAACCCAGUGGACUUUCCAGAAUGCUCUGUUGGUUUGUGCAAUUGGUCAACCAUUCAACAAAAAUAUGAGGAUCUCGUGAGGACAUGUGACGUUGAAGAGUUCUGCUCUGGAAGGUCUUCAAGCGCCAGAGUGCUCGUUAGCAGCUUUCUUUUGACAAUAUCGGUUAUGUUUUUAAGAUGGUAGAUUGAUGAAUGUUGUAUUGAUCUGUAGUACAAAAUGGAAUUGUAAUCUGUAAUGCAGGCUGUAAUAAGAUAUAGUUUUCAGUAUCAACCAAAGGUAAAUUUGUAAAACUCACUGGUAUUGCCAUUUUAAUGAUCACAAUAUACAUUUCUUUUUGGCAGACUGUUGUAGAAGAAUCUACAGCUAAAAGCAAUUUCGUUUCAAGAAUGCCUUGUACCUGCUUCAGAAUAAUGUUUCAUUACUUUAACAGUGUAUACAAAAUACAAACCAUGUUAGGUUCAGCUCACUCCAUUGUUUUUUAUUACUGUAGUUAUUAUAUUUUUUAUUUGUAUUCUGUGAAAAUUUUGUAUUAAAAAAUCCUUUGAUCUUGUAGCUUAGAUUAUUAGAGUAGGCCAGUCACAGUCACAAUAACUGUUUAUCAAUUACUGUUCAGUCGUUUUUCAAACAUAGGUAUAUGUUGAGUCUUCAGAUAUUUAUAGAAAGCUUUUAAAAUAAUGCCAUAAAAUUGCACAGAAAUGCAAAAUAGGCUAAUGAUUAUAGUAUGUAUAUAAUAUCUAUAACUAAGUACCUUUUAAUGUACAAUUUUAAACCACUUACAAUAGGUUGUUCAUGUGUAAAAAUAAAGUUGUUUUUUAAAGUA